AUGGCGGAACCGCGGCAGCACCGUGUGAGAGUCUAUGUCAUGAGUGAAGACAAGCUUUGGGACAAUAUUGGAACUGGACAGGUCUCAAUCGAUUAUGUGGAGAGGCUUCAGGGCGUAGCUCUGGUUGUUCGCUCCGAGACUGAUGAUUCACUGCUCUUAGAAUCAAAGAUAAAUCUCGAAACUCCCUAUAAGAAACUACAGGGAGUGUUGAUACUUUGGUAUGAAGCUGAAAACCAAGGUUUGGCACUGAGCUUCCAGGACAUCUCAGGCUGUCGUGAGAUGUGGGAGAACAUUUGCCGAAUACAGGGUAAAGACCCCAGCGUCAAUGUUACACAACCUUUACCCCAGUCCAAAGAACAUCGGCCAACUGAAAGGGUAGACGCCAGCCCUUCAAUUCAACUCCCUGACUGUGAAAUCGAUGCACUGGAGCAAAUCGCUAAUUUAGUCACCUCGGCACUCACCUCACCCAUCCUUAGGGAAAGGCUGGGUCGGAACUUAGAGCAUGAUAAUUAUAUUAAAAAACUACUACAGCUGUUCCGCACUUGUGAAGACCAGCACAACAUUCAAGGUUUACACCGCCUAUAUGUCAUCAUUAAAAGCAUCUUGUCUCUGAAUAAGACAGCUCUGCUUGAAAUCUUAUUUUCUGAUGAAUGUAUUAUGGAUGUGGUGGGUUGCCUUGAAUAUGACCCUACACUGGAUGAGCCGAAAAGGCAUAGGGAAUUCUUAACCCAAAAUGCCAAGUUCAAGGAAGUUGUACCAAUAACGGAUUCUGAACUGAAGCAAAAAAUACAUCAGACUUACAGAGUACAGUACAUUCAUGAUAUUCUUUCACCUGUUCCAUCUGUAUUUGAAGAAAAUAUUUUUUCUACAACCGCAGCUUUCAUUUUCUUCAACAAGGUUGAGAUAGUCAGCAUGCUUCAAAAAGACUUUUUCAAGGAUUUCUGUGCAUUUUCUCAGACUUUAGAGCCUGAUAGUAAGGAGAUGCUAUUCAAAACAUUGACAGAGUUAGGAAUUCUUCCAGCUCUUAAAAUGGCAAUGAAUGUGGACGAUUUGCAAACCAAAACAGCAGCUACAGAUAUACUUACCUAUCUAGUAGAGUAUAGUCCAUCCACGAUUCGAGAAUAUAUAAUGGAAGAAGCACAGGAGAAGGAAGAUGAUGACCUUUUCAUUAAUAUGAUAAUUGAACAAAUUGUUUAUGAUACUGAUCCUGAGCUUGGCGGAGCUCUUCAUUUACUUGGACUUCUUCGUUGUCUACUUGAUCCAGACAACAUGCUGAUAAUAAUUAAUAGAUGUGAAAGAAGUGAAUUUCUCAAUUUUUUUUAUAAGCAUUGUAUGCAUAACUUAAUAGGACCACUUCUGGCUACUACAUCAGAAGACAGAUGUGAAGACAAUGUAGUUGGGUCUGACGAAAACAAAAAAUCCUCUAAUAAUUAUCAAACAGCACAGCUGCUAAAUUUAAUUUUAGAACUACUUAUGUUUUGUGUGCAACAUCACACACAUUAUAUAAAACACUAUAUUUUGAACCAUGAUUUGCUAAAAAGAGUCUUGAUGUUGACUACUUCAAAGCACACUUUCCUGCUAUUGGCGGCUAUUCGCUUUAUGAGACGGAUGAUUGGCAUUAAAGAUGAACUUUACAAUCGUUACAUCAUCAAGGAAAAGCUUUUCGAACCAGUGAUAAAGGCCCUUCUUGAUAAUGGAACUCGUUACAAUAUGUUGAAUUCAGCUAUUAUUGAGUUGUUCGAGUACAUAAGAGUGGAAAACAUCAAGUCUCUUAUUACACACAUAGUUGAACAUUAUAAUGUGCUUCAGUCUAUUGAAUAUGUUAACACAUUCAAAGGACUAAAAAACAAAUAUGAGCAAGAGAAGCUUAGGCAGAGUCAAGUAAAGGAAAAUUUACAUUCUGUACUAUAUAGUAAAAUACUUUGCCAAGCAGUCAACGAUUUGGACAUGAGAGAAGAAGAAGAUUGCAGUAAAGAUAAAAGAGAAGCUGUUUUACCACCACUAGAGAGUGACUUUUCAGGUUAUGAUGAUUCGAUAAUGGACACUAAAAUGGAUGAAAAUGAAGACAAAGCAAACCUCCCCAAAAGAACAUCUUCUGGGGGCUUCAAAUGUCCUUCCCCGCUUUCUGGGAGCCCUGAUGAUGGAACAAGUAACACGUACAGUAGCAGUAUGGUUGCUUUAGUGAACGAUCCAGACAAUGAAGAAAAUGAAGAAAAUGAAGACGCAAUGUUCCCCAGAAAAAGACCACAUUUUAGCUCAUAAAACACUAUGGGAUACCCUCAACAUAAGAUUAAACUAGAAUUCUGUAAAAUGACUGUCAGCUAAAAAAAAAAAA